AUGGAGAGUCACGGUCGUGGCGCGGUUGACGGAAGGCAGCUGCUGCUGCUUGCUGCGUCUACCUCCUUGACGUUUCUCGUCGUCACCGCGUCGAUCGCCAGCGACCAGCCAAGCGCCAGGAGGCAGCAGGCGGAGCAGCGGAAUCUGGUGGGCAGGGUGGAGGAGUUUGAAGGCGAGCUGGGAUAUCACGUGAAAGACAAAUUCAGGUCUCAUCCCGAGCGUGCAGGGUUGCCCAUCCGCCCCCUGGGAUUCCCCCUGGACACGGCCCUACUGCCCAACAUCAUGAUGGGUUAUUAUGACCGUUUGCAAGCGCCAAACCCCAAAUCCUUCGACCCGUUCAGGCACCUGGCCAGGCAUGGCGGCGCCUCAGGUGGUCCCUCAGGUGGCCCCUCAGGUGCCUCCGACGAUGCAAGCUCUCUUGUGAAGCUGGCCUGCCACGGACCCCCCUGUCCCUCAUUCGGACCCUGCUCAGGUGAAUUCCCAAAUAUUCAGGCGUGCUGGAACGAACACCUGGUGGAUGAGGCAGAAAAGGAUAUACCCCCGCCAGUCAACUGCCCCCUCAAGAGUCGACCCAAGGGAGCAGCAGCGGCCAGGGGAGGGAAGGCGAGGGGAUUGACGGAUUACAACGAGACGUGCUCGCACAGGCAGGACUUCACCCCGCACGAGGCGUCAGCUCUGCAGCUGUUCCGGGUGGAGGGCGUGUAUGUGACGUUCGAUGGGCUUGUGGUGAACCGCUCGCACGUGCUUGUGAAGAACGGGUGCCGCCGCUGGUGGCGCAAGGCCAACUACAGUCCGGAGCACAGGGUGCAGCACCUCUCAGGAGCGGCGUUCAACUGGGCGACGGUGCCCGCAGCCAACUUCUACCACUUCAUGAUCGAGCUUCUCCCGCUCUUCCUCGUCGCCCUGCCGCUCAUGCCCUCGCCUCUACGGGACGUUCCCUGGCUCAUACGCGAGGGCCAGGUGCGUGGGGGAGGAAGGAAUGGGGGAAGAGGAGUGGGAAUUAGGUGUGUUGUGGGGGAAGGGAGGUGGCCGCUGUACGAGCAGCUGGGUGCGCCAAUCAUCGGCAUCAAUCCAAGCGCCAUCCGCUUGCUGCCCAUGGUGGAGAACGACCUCUUCCAUGCGCACGUGCUCUUCCAGCCCAUGUUCCAGGAUUGUGACCAUCCCAGUCGUCCCCUCUGGCGUCUGCUGCGUCGUCACCACCUGCUGCACCCCACAGGCCUCCCCCUCUUCAACCCCAACUGGACCUACCGUGCCCAACCGCCUCUCACCGCACUCCAAGCGCGGGAACUCCCCAGUAACUGGGUUAUUCUGCUGGCCAAGCGGCCAAAGGGGAAGCGGCGCUCUCUAGUAAACUAUGAAGAGGUGGAAGCGGAAGUGAUGCGGAUUUUCAAGCAUGAGAGAGUGGUUAUAUUCGAAGGCUUUCUCCCCAUUCUCGAAGCCCGUGCACUCUUCAGACGCACGCGCCUAUUCGUAGCAAGCCAUGGGGCGUCCCUCACCAACAUGAUCUUCAUGCCGGAAGGAGCAACAGUGCUGGAACUUCGACCGGACGAGUGCCCAGUGACAGUAUUCCACCUGCUCGCCAACGCCUGCUCCCUCUCCUACCACGUUGUGUUUGGUAAAGGGAACUGGUCGUCUGAAUCCGUAGCUAAUGUGCCUAGAGUAUCGCGUGUGCUAGAAGAUAUUCGGACGAUGUUCCUGGAAGAGGAUAGAAGACUUGGGUAA